AUGCUAGUGCCUGGCUUCAACAUCGAGUGCAACGAUGGCAACAAGGCUCGUUGGGGCUUCUGCCUCAACUGCGCCAGCCAGGGUUGCCAGAACUCCGACAGCAACGAUGCCGACGCAGCCAUCGGCGUCGGACUCGCAGGACAGGCCACGGACACCGAGCUGGGAGGAGGUUGGACGGCGUACUUCGCCUCCGGUAAAGGCACGUGCAGCGCCAACAGCAAGACCUUCAAGUCUGCCUGGAUCUGGGUCAGCUCUGGCAAGACCUCCACACCGGCGCAAGACGUGGCCCUCGCCGGAGAUUUCGCCGCCUUUUCCCAUGGCGACACGGACAAGUUCCUCAAAGAGUGCAGCGCGGCUUUGGCACCGGCGAAGUGCUUGAAGGUCGUGCCCCGUGCGCUGAAAUUCCUCGUCACCGUGACUGCUCCGGAUGACACGACCCUCGAGGGAACGGUGAGCAAGGUCUUCAAUGCAGGCGUCGACAUGAAAACGCUUGGACACCUCGAGCCAGAGCUGGUGGAGUGCGAGGGCAGCUUAGCCACCGGAGGCGGCGCCGACCACUGGGCUUGCGACGGCCAGCCUCUGGACAAGUGUGACGCGACCUACACGCAGACGCGCUCGGGCGAGUACUACCAGUGCGGGGUCAGCGGGCUGAAUUGCUUGGGUACCGGCCCUGCCUGCACUGCGCCGCGAUGA